AUGGCCUUCCGUUGGCAGCCGUACGGAAAGCGAGCUGCAUUUCUUGAUUCGCCGCUGUGUGGUGGCUUCAAGCCAAGGCCUCCUUUCCACUACUUGCCCAGACCAGAACCUGCAGCGCCGUCAUCACGGAAGAAUCUCCUCCAGCUACCGAUCGAAAUCCGGCUCCGCAUCUAUGAGCAAUUAUUCUCCGAUGACAGUCUCCUACUCAUCGGCAGAAAUUCUCUUGAGGAGUAUUCACCACCGAUUACUCUGUAUGGUCCAUCUGCGCCCAAGUUCCCUUUUCCGCUGGGCCCCGACGACGCGUAUAACAACUUGACCUCCGCCUUACCGGUGUUCGUCAACAUCUACCACUCUGGCAACCUUCCAGCGCUCCUUCAAGUCUGCCACCAGAUACGCGACGAGGCAUUGCCAUGCUUCUCUAAGGCGACAACUGUUGCGGUCCUCCCGCCAAGGGACACAUCACGUCUCUCCGCGAUCCGCCUAGUCCCUCGCCAUUACCUCAACCAUACCACGUGUGUCAUUCUCGGCCACGACUGCAAGGUCAGCGAGCCGACGUUCUACGGCGAUGACUUCAGAUAUUCGGUCCAAGAUGCCAUCGACCAUAGUUGGUUUCCAAAUCUGCAGGACUUGCGCAUUGUGAUUGGACAGCUGCAUCGUUGUGACUUGCGUCCCUUCGAUACACUGAAGUCUGAGGCAAAGUGGUGCCUGGAGCAGAUGCCAUCCAUCGGUGUGUUCUACUGCAAGCUUUCUGCGAUGGGACGGAAACUGCUGCCGAGGCUCUUUCUGCAUGCUAUCUACCCGCAACGGCUGCUGCAGGGACCGGCCAUGGAGGUCCGCCCCUACGGCUUCGUUCUGGACCUGAUCAAUGCCAAUUCCAUGGCAUUGAGAUUCGUAUGA